AUGUCGCAUCCUCUCUCUCUUCAUUCCACGUCCACAUCCACUGGCAAAUCGCUCUACAAAGACCUACCUCGUCGUUCUUCGCUUCCUCUCCACACAAAGACUCUCCUCCUCUGCGUCGAUGCCGCUCAACGCAUCUUAUGCGCCAGCGCAGGCUUCUUCUCUUGCUCUCUGGUCGCUGCACCGCUCGUAAUCUUGCUGUGCCUUGCUCCUAGGUGCAAAGCGAGGGAUUGGAUAGUCUGCCAGUUCACACAACGUGAGUGCCAGUGUCGCCACCUCAUUGCGCCUCCCCCUCUCCUCCCCUCGACGCUCUCAGCCCCUGCAAACCCUCUCACACACACACACCCAUCAUUCGCAGUGAGCUGGGACUUUAUGGAUCAGAUCGAAAUCUUCGAGGAGCACGAUUUCAGUCGCAUGUUUCUACAAUGGAUCUGCCGCAGUGUAGCAGCUCCUUCUUUCUUGCAGAGAUGCGUCCUAGGCGCAGGGCUUUGCUCGACGCUCGCGGGCAGACUGCCGAUGGUUGAAAAGCAUGACGAGCACCUCCUUUCGAGCUGCAAUGAAGAGCAAGAGCAAUCGUUGAGAGUUGCGAGCAUCGAAGAAGAAGCCAAUUUGCUGGAUGGUGAAGAAGCAGAAGAGGAGGAGGAGCAGCACAAGCAUGGAGAAGUUGCGCCUGCGCUCCACACAGAUCUCACUACGGGUUGUGGUAGGGACCAAAGUUCUUCGCGUGAGCCAAGAGAAACGCAUACGGUGGUGCAUGAAAUUGGAGAUAGUGGAGAGGGCAGAAUCACGUCGUCCAGCCGUGCGGAGCGCCGUGCUCCCCGUCCCCACUCUCUUGUCAAGAACGACUCGGGCUUUGCGCUGGAGGUGGAUUCGCCCAGCGCCAAGGCUGUGUCGUAG